UACCCCCGCAUCCGGUAUGAAUUGACUUCUAGCCAAUGUUGCCAGUUGCGUUGCCUCCGGGCACUACAAAUAACUUUCACGCCGGGCACCAUCCACGCCUGGGUUUUCGGUAUAGAGUCGCCACUUGACAACAAACAGCCAGACACAAAGGAGCGAAAAUGCAAAUCAAAGGCAUCACUCUGCAACAGGAUGAGAUCAAACCGGACUACGCCAACGAGGCCGUCUUCCGACGAAACACUCUGCCUCCGCGGUCCUACUACAUCCCAAAGACGUCGCUUGCUCUGAACGGCCGCUGGAACUUCCAUUACACGUCGACUCCGUUGAAGGCUCCUGUUCCAAGCUCUGGCACCCAAGCUUCCCCAACCCCGUCUGCAUCUGAUCAUCCCGACGAAACGUGGACAGCCAUCGAGGUCCCCGGCCAUUGGCAACUUCAGGGCCAUGGCAUCCCCCAUUACACAAACGUUCAGUAUCCAAUUCCCGUUUGCCCGCCAUAUGUGCCUACCGAAAAUCCGACGGGGACUUACAAGAGAACCUUCCAUGUGCCGUCCUCGUGGGAUCGUGCAUCGCAACUCCGUCUGCGCUUCGAUGGGGUCGACAGCGCAUAUCACGUCUGGGUCAACGGAACCUUAAUCGGUUACGCUCAGGGGUCCAGAAACCCUCACGAGUUCGAUGUUACGCCGUACGUCAACCGAGACGGAGCCAAUGAGGUCUGGGUCAGGGUAUACCAGUGGUCUGACGGUUCUUACAUCGAGGAUCAGGACCAAUGGUGGCUCUCCGGCAUUUAUCGCGACGUUCACCUCAUUUCGUUGCCCUCGGAGACGCGCAUCGAAGAUUGGUUUCUACGGACUGAUCUCGAUGCCGAGUACAGCGACGGGACACUGGACGCCACCAUCGAUGUCGUGACUUCUACGACUGCCACAGUUUCCGUGGCGUUACGAGAGCUUGCCAAAAACGGGGGCGAGACUCUCGGAGAUGCGCAGCAGGAGGUCAAUGGCGACGGCAAGGUUCACCUCACCAUACCGGUCAAGAAACCGGCAAAGUGGACUGCCGAGACGCCGUACCUUUAUUCCGUCGAGCUGUCAAUCACCACGGCCUCCGGCACACAAACGAUUCACCAGAGAGUAGGAUUCCGCAAGGUCGAACUGAAGAACGGCUUGAUCUGUGUCAACGGCCGGCCCAUCAGGCUCCGCGGGGUAAACCGACACGACCACCAUCCGCGUUUCGGGCGUGCCGUUCCCCUCGACUUUGUCCGGAGAGACUUGCUCCUGAUGAAGACGCACAACAUCAACGCCCUCCGGUGCAGUCACUACCCCAGUGACCCUAGGCUGUUCGAUAUUGCAGACGAGCUCGGAUUAUGGGUGAUUGACGAGGCGGACCUCGAGUGCCACGGGUUCUACGACGCCGUUGCGCGCCCCAAGGACAUCCCGGAGGAGAUGGACUACGAGGAGCGCAAGAAGCUGACCUUUGCAGAAGCAGCCAAAUACACCAGCGACAACCCAUCGUGGAAGGCCGCCUACGUCGAUCGGAUGGAGCAGAUGGUGCAUCGCGACAAGAACCACCCCUCCGUCAUCAUCUGGUCUCUCGGCAACGAGGCCUUCUACGGCCAGAACCACAAGGCCAUGUACGAAUACGCAAAGGAGGUUGACCCCGGGCGCCUGGUCCACUACGAGGGCGAUGUGCAUGCCGAGUCCGCCGACAUGUUCUCGUACAUGUACCCCUCUGUUGAGCGUCUGAUCAAGCUGGCCAAGACCGAGGGUGUCAGACCAGAUGGCACUUUUGACAAGCCCGUGGUCCUUUGCGAAUACGCACAUGCGAUGGGCAACGGACCCGGGUGGCUAGAAGAUUACGAGGAGGCGUUCCGUUCCUAUCCCCGCCUCCAGGGCGGAUUCGUCUGGGAGUGGGCAAAUCACGGCUUGUGGAAAGAGAAUCCAGACGGCAAGUCCUACUACGCUUACGGGGGCGACUUUGGUGACUUCCCAAACGAUGGCACGUUCGUCAUGGACGGCCUCUUGCACAGCACCCACCAGCCAACGCCGGGUUUGAUCGAGCUCAAAAAGGUGAUUGAACCCGUAAAGGUCAAGAUAGAUCGAGACCAGCUUGUCGUGUCGAACCUCUACAACUUUGUCGGCCUCGAUCAUCUCACUGCAACUUACAAAGUAGAGCAGUUUUCCGAAAGCACCACCCUUCUAGCGUCUGGAGUGUUGGAUCUCCCCAAGAUCGAGCCAGGCUCCAGCGCCCCGGUCGCCCUUCCGAGCGCAGUACAUAAGUUCGAGGGUGAGGCAGGUGCCGAGACACAUCUGACCGUCUCCUUCACCCUUGCAACCGCAACACCGUGGGCCGAGGCGGGACACGAGGUUGCCUGGUUUCAACACCAACUUCAAGCGGCCGAGCCGCUCAAAUCGGCAGGUCAGCUUCGCGCAUCUAAGGCCCUUGACCUGGCGAUAUCCAACAGUGCCAUUACCGUCACCGGCCCAAGUUUCCAACUUUCCUUCGACAAAGCCCGUGGCUACAUCACGCACUGGUCCGUCAACAACACCCCGCUUCUCGAGCCGGACCCGGUCACCGGCGCGGCCAUCAUACCCUCUUUCUGGCGCCCGCCGACGGACAACGACAAUCCCUCCUCCCUCCCUUACUGGCGCCGCUUCGGCGUAGACGUCCUCACAUCCCAACUCCGCUCCACCAACCUGUCCACGGAAGCCUCGGCCGGCCGCAUCCACGACAAGGACAGCGGCAACAAUGUCGAACUGACUUUCACCACCUACCACGCCCCGCCGGUCCUUGACUGGGGCUACCUCGCCACGACAACCUACACCAUCUCCCCGCGCGGGACCCUCUCCGUCGCCGUCCGCCUCCGGCUGGCAGGAUCCUAUCCGCCCGAGCACGUCCCGCGCGUCGGGCUGGACCUCCGCCUGCCCCGCCGCCUGGACAGCGUCAAGUGGUUAGGCCUCGGGCCGGGGGAGUCGUACCCGGACAAGUGCUCCGCGCAGCGGGUCGGGGUGUGGACGGCCGAGUCGGUGGACGCGCUGCAGACGCCGUACGAGGUGCCGCAGGAGGGCGGCAACCGGAUGGGCACGCGGUGGGUGACGCUGCGGGAGCGCGGCCCCGCCGGGGUUGGGUUGCGCGUGACGAAGGCGGAGGGGGAGUGGUCGGGCAAUUGCGAGAGCGAGCCUGCCGCCUCCGCGGGAGGGUUCAGCUUCCGCGCUGGCCGGUACAGGGACGCGGUCGUCGCGGCUGCCAAGCACCCUUGCGACCUGGUUCCGGAGGACGCUACCCUGCUGAGGCUGGACGCCAGGGUGGCCGGGGUGGGCACGGGGGCGUGCGGGCCGGGGGUGAGGGAGGAUUUGCUGGUCCCUGUGGAGGAUUACGAGUUUGGCUUUCUCUUGGAGCCAGUCGAUGGUUGAACAUGGGGGAAAAAUAUGACGGAGGUGGGAAAGGGGUCAGCGGAACUGGUUUCCCUAACCCAGUCUCUUGUGAAUUUGUAAGCUAUUUCAAUGAAAUAGGGACAGAUUGAUUAGAUACGAGGUUGGAGUAGAAGGAACAAGUGUGGAACAGCCCUUGACUUUUAUAGUCAACCAGGAUCGCCAAUAUCGCCCUUGGCAAUCUACUGAGCCGUGAUUAAAAAGGUAAGUAAUUA